AUGAAUUAGAAACAGGAGAAGAAAAUUGAUAAUAUCACUCUCUAAUGUAAUAAUAGGUCUGAAAUUAGAACUCAGAAGCAUGGUGGAAGACGGGGCUGGAGAAUCAUUGGCGGCUAGUCUGAAUUUGGAUUAAGAAGAUCUUAUAAGUAAAAGUUUUGGCCAUUGGAGUAGGUACAAAGAAACUUCAAAGAGUUUAUGAGAUAGACCUCAUAGAUAGAAAUUGAAAUGGACAAUGCUAAAGAAAGAAUAGACUUUCCGGCUGACAUGGAAUGGCCAACUGAAGAUGAUUUGGAUUAAAUGUUUCAAAAAUCCAUGAGCAAGUAAUUGUUGUCUUAAUUAUAUUGCAGAAUCCAAGGUCGUCAAAAUAAAAAGAAAUGGAAAGAUAAUGAGAAAUAAUUUUUAACUUGGAUUAUAAUUAGAUACUGUCUAUGGAAAACCAAAGUUUGCAAAGAGCUCAAUGAUUAAGAUUGGAGAUACAUUGCUUAAUUGAUAGUUGGCAGAAAUGCAACUCAAUGUAAAUAUAAGUGGUUGGCUCGCUCCAAAUUUAAGCUCGUUUAAGUCCCUUGGAGUAAAGAAGAGGAUGAGGCCCUAGCAUAAAUCUAUAUGGAAUAUCAAAAACAAGGUAAACAUAGCAAGUGGAGUGAAAUUGCUAAAGAAAUUGCCUUAAGAUGCAAGACCUAAAUUGUGAGGUAAGGUAAACAGUGCAGAGAAAGAUGGAUUAAUAAAUUAGAUCCACAAAUAUCGAAGGGACCAUGGACCAAAGAGGAGGAAUUGACUUUGUUGUAAUUGAUUUUAAAGAAAGGCAAAAAGUGGUCAGAAAUUUCUAAAAUUAUGAAAAACACACGAACUGAGAAUUCCUUAAAAAACAGAUACCAUACUAUCAUGAAAAAAGAAAGAAAUAAGCAACCAGAAGUCAAAGAAGAAAUUCAAUAAGAAAUUGUAGAUCUGUUAUAACAACAUAAUCACAUCUAUUAGGCUGAUAAUUUAGUUCAUUUAUAUGAAGAUAUCGAUCCAAAAGAGUUAAAAAUCAUUCUUCAAGUUAUUGAUAAAUUAAGUGAAAGUACUGGUAAAUAAAUUAGAGUAAGUACUUUAAUUACUGAUUAAUAAAUCUAAUAAGAAUAGUUAUAUGAAAAAUAAUAAAAAGUCAAGUAAGAAAGUCAAAUUGAUUAAAUUCAACAAAAAAAUGAAGAAGCAAACAACAAAUAGAGAUUUCUUGAUACUAUGGAGAAAAUUAAAAUUGAUCUCGAUCAAUAAAUUAAGAAACUGGGGAACAAAUAGGAAUUGGAUUAGAAUUGCACUAUAAAUCUACUUAAAUAAAUCCUUAAGCCAUAAGAAACAGAAACCAAUUAAUUACAAUUUGAUUAAUAUUACGACUAGAUGAUCCUCAAUUUCUAAGCAAAUUAAGUGGAAUUUGAAGUUGAAGCCAUCACAAACUUAACAGCUCAGGAUGUUGAAGAUUGCUAAUUUGGUAUCGUAGAUUUUGAGCAAUCCAACAUCUUCAUGAUUCCUUAAUAGUAUUUGUAAGAAGUCAUAAAUAAAGUUCAUGGUUCUUCGACCUAGGCUCAAGUAUAAUAGCAAUAAUAAAUGUUGCAACAUUAAUAAUAAUAGUAAUAAUAAUAACAAUAGUAACAAUUAUAAUAAUCAUAAUAAUAACAAUAACAACAAUAAUAGGUGUAACAAUCACAAAUUCAACAAUAAUAAUAACAAUAAAGAUUAACUAUUUCAUCAUCGCUUAGGUAAUCAAUACCUCAAUCAUAACAAGCUCAACCUCUUUAAACAUCUUAACUAUUUUUAGGAGAUCAAUUCAAUCUUGUCAAUAGCUAAUAUGAUUUUGAAAAUCAAUAAUAAUUUUAAUAACAAAUUCCCGUAUAAAUUCUCUAUCCGUAGAUCAUUUAUUAACCUAUUGGCUAGUCAAUAAAUUUAUCAUAAGGUCUAUAGUAAAAUUACUGGAUGUAGCAAUCUUAUUUUCAGCCUUAAUAUUACAUGAAGGCAUAAGAUUAGUAAUUUAACAAAUCGAAUCUAGAAGAACCUAAAUGA